GGGGCAGCUAUAAAGGCCGCGCCUGGGCCACGAGGAGCAGAGCCGGCGUCGUCACCGCCCGCGUUGCCGCCCGCAUUGCCGCUCCCAGUCCAGCGCCCGGCACGACAUGAAGUCCCCCGACGAGGUGCUACGCGAGGGCGAGCUGGAGAAGCGCAGCGACAGCCUCUUCCAGCUAUGGAAGAAGAAGCGCGGCGUGCUCACCUCCGACCGCCUGAGCCUGUUCCCCGCCAGCCCCCGCGCGCGCCCCAAGGAGCUGCGCUUCCACUCCAUCCUCAAAGUGGACUGCGUGGAGCGCACGGGCAAGUACGUGUACUUCACCAUCGUCACCACCGACCACAAGGAGAUCGACUUCCGCUGCGCGGGCGAGAGCUGCUGGAACGCGGCCAUCGCGCUGGCGCUCAUCGAUUUCCAGAACCGCCGCGCCCUGCAGGACUUUCGCAGCCGCCAGGAACGCACCGCACCCGCCGCGCUCGCCGCACCCGCCGAGGACGCCGUGGCCGCCGCGGCCGCCGCACCCUCCGAGCCCUCGGAGCCCUCCAGGCCAUCCCCGCAGCCCAAACCCCGCACGCCAUGAGCCCGCCGCGGGCCAUACGCUGGACGAGUCGGACCGAGGCUAGGACGUGGCCGGCGCUCUCCAGCCCUGCAGCAGCAGAACUUCCCGUGCGCGCGGACCCUCGCUCCGUUGCACGGGCGCCUUAAGUUAUUGGACUAUCUAAUAUCUAUGUAUUUAUUUCGCUGGUUCUUUGUAGUCACAUAUUUUAUAGUCUUAAUAUCCUGUUUUUGCAUCACUGUGCCCAUUGCAAAUAAAUCACUUGGCCAGU